GCAUGCGUAUUAUGGUCUCUAGUUUUAAAUGUGUUUUAUUAAGCAUUUUAGUUGUCACUCGGCUUAUCAUUAACAAUUAGGUGGUUAUCACAUUGUUUAGCUAGCCGCAGGUUCACACACAGAAAGCUAAGGAACAUUCCUAACCCUAAAACCUCGGAACUACAUUUCCCAACAUCCUUUUAGCUGCCCUGUAAUACGGCGUGUCGUAAAACUUAAAAGCAAAACGGUGAUGGACUCCGCCGGAGACGCCUGACAGUUUUUGUCUUCAUCUUUAGUUGUUGUCUGAAAUGUUCAUCUAGCGACGCAGUGCUUCGGUUCACCGGACCAGUGAAAAUGGAGGCUAUGGAAGAUGACAGUUUGGACGUAAAAGACGACCAUAACCACAACUACCGCGCGAGCGGCAGUAAUAAAGUCCGCACGUAUCUUAGCAGCCAGCUGUCGGAGAUAUCGACGGUCCCGCAGCCCGUCUGUGCGACGGUGCCGGUUGGAGAAGCGGGUACUCGACAAGGGAAACCGUGGUCCGGUGCAACCGGUGGGUCAAAGUUAAUGGACUCGGAUACAGGCAGCGAGAGCAGCGAAGUCAGCGAGACUGACAGCACCGCUCCGGGAGCUGCUUCCGAGGGAAAAUUCGCCCUCGACUCCACUUCCAAGUUCCUUCUGAAUGCAAUGGCAGUGGAGGACUACCGGAAAAACCACUGGCCAAACCUGGAGAAGGCAGUUGACCGUCUGCUGAUUCAGAAUCCCACAGACCACAUCUCUGUUUCUUAUGCACAGAUAUACAGUUAUGUCUACAAGUGUGUUUGUCAGCAGCACUCUGAGCUGCUCUACAAUGAUCUGACAUCAAAAAUAACAGGUCACCUACAGCAGGUCUCCACCCAUCUACAAGCUAGCCCACUCGAGAACUUCAUUGAGAAUUUCAACGUUGCACUGACACAAUAUAUAGCUUCUCUUCAGUGUAUAGUCCCUGUCUUUAUGUACUUGAACAAGUUCUACAUCGAGUCUAAACUGAACCGAGACCUCAGAGAGGAUCUGAUGAAGCUGUUCGCCGAUCACGUCGCAGAAAAACACGUGAACACACUGAUGCCUCUGCUCAUUAAAGCUCGGUCCAUGCCCUUUGAAGUGCAACCCUCAACAAUGGCUAGUGUGGUUAAGGGCCUCUACAGCCUCCGACCAGAGUGGGCUCAGCUCGCCCCAGAUCUCUUCUCCGGGUUUAUCCCCCAGAUUAACCCUCCUGCUGUGGAGUCUCUGCUGCAAGACUACGCUGCUCAUGACCAGAAACUACAGAUGGAGCUCUCCAUGAACGGAUUCCCACGAGGUGACCAGUCUCGCAAACGGGCCAGCGAGGACUCGUGAUAGCCGGCAUCACUGGAUUUGCUGCAGAACUAAUACUGUGCCUCUUAAGUCUUUAUCACAAGUUGUCUCCCUGGACUAGGUACAACGCUAACAGUGCGUCAUCCCUUUUUAACUCGAGGUCACGAAACACUGUGAACAACAAAGAGAACAUGAUGGGUUGUUGAGCAGAAGGUUUAAAAAAAAAAAAAAGGAAAAAGUGGCACACAGACUUCCAUUUUGGUGCUUUCCUUCUGAUUUCUUCAUCUUCUGCUCAUCUGAAGAGUGCCUUCACGGUGUCUGUCUGACUGAAUAUCAUGAUGAAGCCGAUGAUCCAUUCCUAACCUUUAACAUGGAAGUGUCUUGUGUUGUUUUUGAUAUACGGGGCUAAUUAAGACUCUAUUGCUGCUGCUAAUAAUACUGUUUGUGUGUUAAUACCAUAAAUCCCUUGGUGUCGCCCACAUAUUGUGUAUCUCAGUGACUACAGUCAACACAAAUGAGUGUGGAAAGAAGUGGGAGCUAAGUCACUAAGCUUAGCUAUGACUCUCUUCUUCCUGUUGCUUAAAAUGUCUUCUCAUGCUCAAUCAUCCAGGUAAGUAAUUCCGAAAAAGUUGAUCCUGUUCAUCUGGAUGUAGCGUUUUCAGUGGGAGAAACUGAAAACGCAACCAACUUCUUCAGUCUCGGCUGAGUGCAGGUUUCCCCAGCCAAAGACCAUGGUUGUUGGUCAGCUGAGACUGAAGAAGUCACUGAUUGACGAAAAUGUUUCUCCCACUGAAAACGCUACAUCCAGAUGAACAGACUCAACUUUUUGGGGUUAUUCCUGCUGCCUUUACUGUUUGGGUAAGCCAGGUUGUAUUUUCCAGUUUUGCCAAAGAGGAUAACUGUUCUAUUGUUUUUUCUUUAAACACAAUGUGUUGGGUUCCAACUUAUGUUCUUAAUGUUGUAUGUUGUCUGAGUCACUGAGCCAUUUAAUUUUAUUCUAUACUAAUAAGUUAAAGCUUUGGUUCACCCACUGGUUUACCCUCAAGUCAUUCUGCCUUUAAUGACAACUUGUUUGUUUAAGCCUUGCACGUAUGAGGAGGAGGUUGCCGUAUACAGGAAGCAACACUGAGUGCCAUACAGUUAAAAGGACCACAUGAUACCAUUUCAGGAUUUCCUGAUUUUAUUUUAUUUUUUAAAUUUUUAUUUAUUUUUUGUAACCUCACCUUUCCUAAAUUUCCCCCUAAAUUGCCACCUCCAUGUUUGUAUUCUUGGACCCCACUAGAGUGGCUCUGCAUGAUUUCCCAUCCAAAAUAAUCCCUGUUCAUCUUAUACUGAGCCUCAGUGCGCCCACUCAGUUCAUGCACCGUCUGAAGCAGGCUGUUUUUGGGCUCGCUUUCUUUUGAUUGGCUGCCGCCGCAUGAACAAAAGGUUUGAACAACAAGUAGGAGGGGCUUCAAUCACAGGGCUGCGUAGCUGAAUGACCGUAUUAAAGAUAUCUGCUUAGAGUGACAUCAUAGAGAGCCAGAAAAAAAAUCUGUCUCAAAUUAAGUGUUUAAAGCAGUUUGAUACCUCAGCCUCGCAGUGGUUACCCGUAUGUUCGCUGCACUCACGAUUUGAAACUCUGAUAAUGUUUAGUUCGAGCAGUCACCACUGGAACAGUGGGUCCACUUUAACAAAGCAAAUGAUAUGCAAAUGUGGUUUUGUGCCAGAGCACAUGCUCUUCGUGUUGUAAAUAGUUUUUGCCUCUGCAUACCGGUAUGUGUACACUAGCUUUUGUUGCAGGUGCGUUUUUGUUAAACAAGUCACUCGAAUAAAUGUGUUUGAUACAAGUUCCUACACUGUUUUAAGUGUAAUUAGAUGCUCAGGCUUGCUUUUUGUUUCUAUCUCACGUUACUUUGAAUGAACUAAUCACAGGACAUGAUUUCAUUAUUCUAGCUUUUACAACUGGGUCCUGUCAUCAAGCGGGGUUGUAAUACAGUUAAUGAAGUCAAGAGGAAUCUAAAUCAUUAGGGAUGCUGAACACUGGCUGUACUAGAUUACAUGUCUCACCUUUUAAUUUUACAUGCUGCAAAAUUAAUUCAUGUUUAAACCAACUGUGAAUGGCUCAAAUACUGUUUCAGCAAUCUGUUUUUAUCUCAAAAUCAAUAAAAUCCUUGCAUCUUAGUAUUUGUCACACUAA